ACCGACGCGAUCCUCGUCGCGUCGACAGACCCGCCGCUGAGCUUGUUUGCCGACCUCGACCACCUCCUGCUGUCUCUCGCUCCCUCGGGCGGCCCACGCUUUCCGCGCAUGCAUAUGCUGCAGUGGACGUCAGUGAAUAACCAUGUAACAAGCCUCAUUCGCAACGUAGCAGGGCACGGCUCGUUGCAUCUAUCGAAAGCGCCUCCUGCGCGAAGACUAUAUUCUUGCCGCACCGGUAUCGGAUGGAUGUCAGUUGCUGCAUCUCAGCAAUAUACUCGCUGUGCGUCCUUAGCGUCCCAUAAUGCUCGCAAAACGCUGUGGUGUCAGCCUGUGCGUAGGAGUUUGGCAUGGCUGCCCAGACUCAGCCGCCGCCCAACCGAACCGGACAGUGAACCCUCAGACGGUCUGGAGGAGGCUGCGAAGGUGGCGAUCUUGGAGAAGGCUAUGAAAGGACGACAGCCGACCGACCUCAUGCUGAGAUGCACUAUCCUGGACGCUGAUGGCAAUGUCAAGACCAUUUCGGGUCAAUUCAGAAGAGCCGACCUCUGUUCGGAGCAUCGUUUGAACCCCCGUGAUCUGAGAAAAAUUGACUCGCGAAUACCUAACCUUGUGCCCACAAUAUUGGUGCGAAAAGAGGUUAUCCUUGUCAACAUCCUGCACAUUCGUGCCCUUGUCAAGGCAGACACCGUCGUUCUCUUCGAUACCUAUGGUUCGGCAGACUCCAGGCUUCACUCCGUGUUCCUCUAUCACCUCGAGCACAAUCUCAAGACCAAGAGUCCGGGAUUGCCUUAUGAGUUUAGAGCACUCGAUUCUAUCCUUCUCUCCGUGCUGAGCGCCCUGGAGGCUGAAAUGGUCUUCAUUCGCAACCUCAUCGGCGGUUUGCUAGCGGAGUUAGAGGACGACAUUGAUCAUGAUCGCUUCAAGCGGUUACUUCAUUACUCUCGGCGCCUCGCCAGCUUCCAAAACCGCGCGAAACUGGUGCAAGAGGCUCUCGAGGAAGUGCUGGAACAAGACGAGGACUUAGCCGCGAUGUACCUCACGGACAAAAAGAACGGCAUACAGCGGAGGCUGAGCGAUCAUGAAGAUCUUGAGGUACUGCUCGAAUCGUUCUCUAAGCAAGUGGAGGAGAUUGUGAACGAAGCGGAAAACAUACAGAGCAAUGUGCAAUCUACGCAAGAAAUUGUUGAAUUAGUAUUAGACUCUAAUCGUAAUGAACUACUCGCACUGGAUCUCAAGAUCUCAAUAUGGACUAUGGGAAUUGGAAUGGGAACACUAGUAGCCGGUCUGUUCGGCAUGAACCUCAAGAGCACUCUCGAGGAAAACGAAUACGCGUUCGGCAUCUUGUCGAUCGCCUCACUUCUCAUAGCCUGCCUGUUCUCGUGGAACGGCCUACGUCGACUCGCGAAAAUCCGCAAGGUCGGGCUCGGCUCGAAGAACCGCAAGGUGUCCGAGCAGUUCUUGCUCCGAGAGUACUUACGUUCGAAAGGGGGUGAAGGCUGGUGAUGAUCACCACGAUGUGCUGCUCUACGCGUAGCUGCGAUACCGUUCCGUCAUUGCAUUGAUCCACAAUCCCAUAGUAGAUAGAAGGCAU